UUCGGAAACCAACCAUGUCUUCGACUGCAAAAGAAGAAUUUCUUGUCGGAAUGGAAUAUUUAAGUGUUAUCACUUCGAGGAUAUUUUUGUAUCCCUUCUUGGGCAGAUCAAAAACUAAGCUUCUUUGUUAUCAUUUCAUUUGUUUCCUAAUAAUUUUUGCGUCUUUUCAACAGUUCGUUUUUUUGUGUGUUUCCAAAUUAAACAGUUUUCUUGAUAUUGUCAAUAUCGCACCAAAUAUCGGAGUUUGCGCGAUGUCCGUUACUAAAUAUAUGAAAGUAAAUAGUAACAAGGAAUUAUACAAUUUAAUAUUUGUUCAUUUCCGUACAGAUAUGUGGGAUAUCGUCUCCGAAAAAUGUCAGGAAAAUGUAAAAAUUUUGAAAAGAUAUCAGAAAAUUAUACAUUUCAUUACAAUUUGGUUCGUUUACUACGUCGUGCCGUUAAUUUUGAUUGUUACAUCGUUCCCGAUUCUAAUUAUGUAUUACGAUAACAUGAUCCUUGGAAAGGAACUAGAGCACCGUUAUCCUUUCGAAGCUUGGUACCCUUUUGACAAAGUAAAGUGGUAUUACGUUGCUUACGCAUGGGAAAGCUUUAUUACGGGGCUUGUUGUUUGUAUUUACACAUUUUCAGACCUCAUAAAUGUAUCGUACAUAGCUUACAUCUGCUUAGAAUUGAAACUUCUUGGUACUCAUUUGAAAGAGCUCAUAGGAGCUGAGGAUAUAAAGCAAUUGAAAAGAUCACAGAACGCUACCGCUAUUCAUUAUAAAAUUAGACAAAAACUAAGAGAAAUUAUUAUAAAACAUAAUUUCAUAGCAAACAUCUCAUCUCAGCUAGACAUUAUUUUUGGAGAUAUAAUGUUUGUUAAUUACACUUUUGGAUCCGUAUUUAUUUGUCUUACUGCUUUCACGUUUACGGUUACUGAUGAACUUUACAGUACUUUGCGCUGUUUUUUCUUUCUUAUUUCAUUGGUAAUUUCAAUGCUCAAUCAAUGUAUCAUAGGGCAAUGCGUAAGUGAUCAUAGUGCGCAGCUAGCCCAGGCUCUCUACGAUUCCAAGUGGACCUAUGGCGACAGACAAACAAGACAGUUGGUCCUCAUGCUCAUCAUGCGGAUGCAGAAACCCUUUCAGCUUACUGCUAAGGGAUAUAUCGCCAUGAAUCUUGAUACGUUCACCACUAUUUGCAGCACAUCAUAUCAAUUCUUCAAUCUUCUUCGCACCAUGUAUGAUCCUGAAGCAAAUUAAAUCUGCGUUUGUAUUUCAAACCACACCGAAGUAAGCAUUGUA